CCCGUCGUCACACAUUUUAAUGGUGGGUGAGACCGGAAGUAAACAUCAUGUGACGCUGAAAAUCAGAUGAUCAAGUGUAGACAUCUUUAGUCACGACUACAACGGUUAAUUCAUACAUUCCUGGCUUUAUUUCUCUGGAAACAAGAUCCUAGACUGCUGCAACCAUGGCGCUCAGCGAUGCCGACGUUCAGAAGCAGAUCAAACACAUGAUGGCCUUCAUUGAGCAGGAGGCCAAUGAGAAGGCAGAGGAAAUUGAUGCCAAGGCGGAAGAGGAGUUCAACAUUGAGAAGGGCCGUCUGGUGCAGACCCAGAGGUUGAAGAUCAUGGAGUAUUACGAGAAGAAAGAGAAGCAGAUCGAGCAGCAGAAGAAAAUUCAAAUGUCUAACCUGAUGAACCAGGCUCGUCUGAAGGUGUUAAAGGCUCGCGACGACAUGAUUUCAGAAAUGUUGAGCGAGGCGCGUCAACGGCUGGCCAACGUAGCCAAGGACCCAGCCAGGUACCCAGCACUGAUGGACGGGCUGGUUCUGCAGGGUUUCUAUCAGCUUCUUGAGACCAAAGUGACCAUCCGCUGUCGUAAACAGGACCUGCAGGUGCUUCAGGCGGCUAUCCAGAAGACCAUUCCCGUCUAUAAAGCAGCAGUGAAGAACAAUAUUGAGGUUCGCAUCGACCAGGACAACUUCCUGUCUCCAGACAUUUCAGGAGGUAUUGAAAUCUACAACGCUGAUGGGAAGAUCAAGGUGUCCAACACCCUAGAGAGCAGACUGGACCUCAUGGCUCAGCAGAUGAUGCCUGAGAUUCGAGUGGCUCUCUUUGGUCAGAACCAGAACCGCAAGUUUUUGGACUGAGUGUCUCCAUCCAUCGUCUUGAAGAGGAGUUAUUUAUUUCUGUUGUGUGAACGUUACCAUUCCUGUGUCUGUGAGAAGAAUUCCAAAAACACAGUUAAAAAUGGAAAAGACACCAUUUUGUUGUUUUGUCAUGUAUUGUUGUAUUUCUUUGUAUCUUGGGACAGUAUAAAAGUUGAACUUCACUGCAGAUGUGAGUAGGAGGAGCAACUUUUGCACAGUGGUAAUGGAUCUGCUGCUCCCCCUGGGGAUCUUGGUUUACACACCUCAGUCAUCUUUAUUAUGAUUGGCUGGACGGUAAUAAUUUCAGUCUGAUUGGUUCAGGCUAAUAACAUCUUCCUCUCAUGAAAAAAUAGAAUAAAAAGUUGCAUGGAGCAUUGACUCACCCGUAGCUAUUUGCUCCCAUCUAUCUAUCAAAACAUUGAAGACCAACUAUGUCCUUAUUGAAUCCAAUUAAUUUAUUGAUGUAAUGUCUGCUGUUGUAUCAUGAAACAGAAGGAAGGGUCAAUAUUUCCAUCUGAAGAGGUUAUGGUGAAAAUAUGUUAUAAAGUAUAAAUCGAUAGUA